GGCCCGGGUGAAACGCGGAGGCCAGCCUCUUUUCCACAGGGAGGAGGAGGAGGCGACCGGGGAGUUCCUUUCCAUCCCCGAGCCACUCCGCGGCCUCUCGCGCGCACCGGCGGGCUCCAGCUCCUUUGCGCCAGACCAUCCCCGUCUGGUUCCCAGCAAGAAGCAGCCACCGCCGGAGGACCCUCCCCUGCUCCAGCUUCCCCCGCCCUCCCAAAGCGGGAGCCGCACACUGCCUAUUCCCGCUGGAGGCACAGGCGAGAGAGAAGCAGAGAGCGGGCGGGCGCGCGCGCGCGCAGGGCUCCCCCGAUGGUCUGAGCGGAGCUGGAAGGCGCCAGGCUGCGCCCCACGAGUCUCCCUCCCGGCUCAGGGUGGGAGCAGAUGAGGCACUGCCUGGGAGAAUGCCCCCCUCUCGCCCCCGGGACAGCAACUUUCCGGCCAAGAAGCCUCUGCCGCUGGAGCCGGAGCGCUCGCAACUUAAUGCUCCAAGAGCAGCCCGCGCCUGCCGGCGUCCCGAAGCCCUCCGUCUCCAUCUUCCUCCUCCUGGCUGCUUCUGGGUCUCUGCGCUUUUCCCACCUGUCUCGGGGCAGUGCUGGCGCUGAGGGGACCAUCAGCCCGGCAUGCGGCGUCCCCUCACACCAUGAGAGACAGCCGACGGUGGAGCAGCAGCAGCGGCACUAGGAGCCCCGGGAGAGGAGCAGCGGCGGGAGACAGGGUCGCUUUGCCCGGUCUUGGCUACGACUGGAAGAGCGACAGCAGCUCCAAGGAAAGUGGCCGGAUCAAGCACGGAAGCGGCUGCGGCGGCGCCACCAAGGGCCGUCCGCACACCCGAGUCGCCACCGCUGACAGCAGCAGCAUCUGGCGCGUCCUGGCCGCGCGCGCCCCGCUCCCCAAGCACCGGCAUCUCAGAAAAAGCUGCUUAGACAAUCUAAUGGAUGAAGAUGAAAAAGACAGGGCAAAAAGGGCUUCACGUAACAAGUCUGAAAAGAAAAGGCGUGACCAGUUCAAUAUUCUCAUCAAGGAACUUAGCUCGAUGCUUCCAGGAAAUACCCGUAAAAUGGACAAAACAACUGUGCUUGAAAAAGUCAUCAGCUUUCUCCAGAAACACAAUGAAUUCUCAUCACAGGCAGAGAUCUGUGAAGCCCAGCAGGAGUGGAAGCCUUCCUUUCUCAGUAAUGAAGAAUUCACCCAGCUGAUGUUAGAGGCAUUAGAUGGUUUUGUUAUUGGUGUUACCACUGAUGGAAUCAUCAUCUAUGUUUCUGACAAUAUCACACCUCUUCUUGGGCAUCUGCCUUCUGAAGUAGUGGAUAAGAAUUUGCUAAAUUUCCUUCCAGAACAAGAACAUUCAGACAUUUGUAAAAUAUUAUCCUCUCAUAUGCUUAUGGUGGAUUCUGCCUCAUCAAAUUACUUAAAAUCUGACAAUGAUUUAGAAUUUUUCUGCCAUUUUCUAAGAGGAAGUCUAAACCAAAAGGAAUUUCCAACGUAUGAAUAUAUAAAAUGUGUAGGGAACUUUCUGUCUUACAGUCAUGUGCCUAUAUCCACUUGUAAUGGUUUUGAUGGGGCUGUUUCAAGAGGUUACAGAACACCAGUAGGAAAACAUGUCUGCUUUGUCGCUACUGUCCGGCUGGCAACACCUCAACUUUUAAAGGAAAUGUAUGUUGCUGAAGAACCUUUAGAGGAAUUUACUUCGAGACACAGUUUGGAGUGGAAAUUUUUGUUUCUGGAUCAUAGAGCACCACCAAUCAUAGGAUAUUUGCCUUUUGAAGUGCUGGGUACUUCUGGUUAUGAUUAUUAUCAUGUAGAAGACUUACAGCUCUUGGCUCGGUGCCAUGAACAUUUGAUGCAGUUUGGCAAAGGGAAGUCUUGCUGCUAUCGGUUUCUGACCAAAGGACAGCAGUGGAUCUGGCUGCAAACGCAUUACUACAUUACGUACCACCAGUGGAACUCCAAACCAGAAUUCAUUGUAUGCACACACACGGUAGUAAGUUAUUCAGAUGUUCGAGUGGAAAGGAGACCAGAUUUAAUCUUGAAAGAUGGUUCUUCGGAGAUAAUCUCUUCUGUAUUGAAGGACAGUGGUUCAGACUUGGAUCCUCAACAGCACUUUAAUGCACUUGAAUUAGACGUACCAGUUCUCAACACCAGUACAACACUUUCUGCAUCAUCUCAAGAUUCACAGAAAUCUUUGACAACAUCCUUAUCUGACACAGCAUCCACAACUACAAAGCUCCUCCCAGAAGCUCCCUCCUUACAAAGAACCCCCAGUGUACCCCAGGACUUAGUGCAGAGACCCAGCCAACCUGCAGCUGUUCAGUUUAAUAUGUUCCAGACAAUCAAGGACCAGCUUGAACAACGAACUCGUCUACUGCAAGCCAAUAUUCAGUGGCAGCAGGAAGAGCUCCAGAAAAUCCAGCAACAGCUCUGCAUGGUACAGGAUUCCAACAUACAAAUGUUUUUACAGCAGUCUGAAGCAUCUCUGAGUUUUGCCAGUCUACAACCACCACAUCCUCAGGGGAAGUCAGAAGGGGCUUCUCAGCAGCAGCCUCAGCCAGCUAUUCCAAGACCUCAUCUUCAAGGACAGGCUGCAGUUUCUCAAGCAACAGACCGUGAAAUAUUAAGAGAAGAAGAUAUCCUACCAAGCCCGGAUCAGAAAUCAGUGCGAACCACACCAGGCAGGCAAGAGAGCUGCCAUUCUAGCAAUUUAACUCCACAGUUCAACCACAUUUCUGUACUCCCACAAUCUGUGAGUCUAGCACCAUCUGCUGAACUUCUCCAGGAUAACAGCCACCAGCUUAGUACUCCAGAGUAUGGCCAUGACCGACAACUGAGACUUUUACUCAGUCAGCCUAUUCAGCCAAUGAUGCCUGGUCCCUGUCAUGCAAGGCAGUCAUCAGACAUUGGUGUGGCUUCACAUCAAACUAAGUAUUCUCAAAGCCUACAAGCAUUCCAAAAUUUGGAAGUGUCAGCUUCUGGCAGCAGUGCACCCAUUGUGCUGAUGGAACAAGCAGUAUUACAUCCCGGGUUCUCUGCAGCACAGCCCUCUCAGGCUUCACCUCUGCCAUCUAUGCAACUAGAACGUCAACCGCAUCAACAGCAAUGCUAUCUCCAGGUGCAGCCUGUAGGCCCUUUGCACAGUGAGCAAGCAGAUUCUCUGAUCUUGCCUUCCUACUCAGCGCAGCAAGGGAGUGGCGUGUACCACCAGAUGCAGUCACAGCAGCAACUGCCUUCAGUCAGGAGUCUCAGUUUGCCGAAGUCUUCAAGUGUGCCACGUCUACAAUAGAAUCACAUCAGCACUAUCAGUGCACAGUUAGCUUUACUGAAUGGCGGCAGGGGAGGGGAGGGGGGGGAUGCUGGCUUUUGCACAUAUGUCCUUUUCAAAGCUUUGUGAUAAAAAAAAAAAGACUGUCGAGUGCCGGCUGUGGUGGAUAGUGCAAUAGAAAUGAGCGGGAAUCACUUUGCUGAUGUUUGCACUAUUUUGUGACUGUGUUAUGAACAGGAAUACUAGUCUGUACGAUCACAUGCAGACUGUGGUACUAACUGGGGUGUCUCAGCAGAGAAUUCUUCUGAACACUCCAACCCGGAAGUACUCCGGCUGUUCCCAAAAAAGUAGACCCAAAAUACUUGGCCUUGUCUAUUUUGAUUGAAUAUGAAAAGCACUGGUUCAGAGAGAUCUAUUGAGAAAGGAACAAGAGAUUAUUUUAUUAAAUGUUAACAUUAUUAUUUUGCACAACUGCACAAAGGGUGUAACCUAGCACUUUCGGUGAAGAAAAGUCUGUUCUGGUGGCCAAACAAGCACUUCCGGUGAUGUAAAACAUAAUGUCAUUGAUUAAAACAGUGCCCUGCAGUAAGUCCUCUGACCCAUAACCUAAAAGUAUUGAGCUUGUUAUGUUCUUUUCCUUAUUUCUAAUGUUUUCGAGAAAGUUUUUAUUCAUGCAGUGGACUACAACUUAUAAAUAGCAAAUCUAAGCACAAUCAUGCAGCUACUGUUUCAGCAUACUUGUCCUGCUCUUUAAACACUUUAAAGAGGGUCUCUGACAAACUGAAUUGCCCCCCUUCACAGAACAAGCAUCUGGAAGAAUAUGCACUGUGUUACAGCCCAUUAAUUGGGAAAAUGCUGCAAACUAUUACUUAUCUGUUUCAUUACGAUAUUUAGGAUUCAAAGAGUUGCACUUUUGUAUGUUUUAUGUGGAUGUUUCUUAAAAAGAUUUUAUGUAAUUAUAAAAGAAGUAGUGUGUUAUAUAGCUGUUGUUAAAAAAAACCCCAACCCAACCUAUUUCUAUAUAAAAGUCUAUGGGAUUAUGUGGAGAUUAUAUUGUAUAACUAUUCCCUGGUCAUUUCAUGAGUCCACAGGGUUUUUUUUGUGCUGGGGCAGAGUGGGGGAUGAAUGAACAUUUUGCAAUAAAUGAAUAAUGACUAAUA